AUUUGUGAAUGACAACACCCACAAGACAACACAGUGUGUACCAUGGCUGAUAGUAUGUCAAAUCCCCGAUGUGUAUUGCUGUUUAGCGGAAAACGGAAGUCUGGUAAAGAUUACAUAGUCGAAAAUCUACUACAAAGGCUGAAGCCUAAUGAUGCUGUGGUACUGCGGUUGUCAGCACCAAUAAAAAAAUAUUGGGCUGAAAGUAAGGGUCUCGAUUUUGAUCAGCUGCUUGGUACAGGUGCAUACAAAGAAAAUUAUCGGCUAGAAAUGAUACGUUGGGGAGAGUCAGUCAGGGCCAAAGACCCAGGCUACUUCUGUCAGCGUGCAAUAGAAAUGUCCAACGGCACCCAAUUCAGUGUGUGGAUUGUGAGUGAUACCAGGAGACUGUCUGAUUUGAAAUGGUUCUUGGAUAAUUGUGGUGGGCCCUCUGUGGUUCACACUGUAAGAGUUGUUGCUGAUGAUGCAGUCCGGAAACAGCGUGGGUGGAUGUACACGCCAGGUAUUGAUGAUGCUGUAUCUGAGUGUGGCCUUGAUUCCAUUACUGAUUGGAACUGGACAAUUUCCAAUAAUGGUAAAGGCACAGAAGAAAUAGAAGCUAUUUUACAGAACAUCGUGCAGUGGGUAAACUCUGCAACUUCAGCGACUCGAUGACAACCUUCUGGCGCAAAUUAUAGAAUAAGUGUUCAGCUAUUCAUCUUGUCUUUUGCCUAAAACCUCCAUCAGUCCAGUGUAUCAGAUGAUUCAUUAGAGCAUGUCGGGCAUAAAAUGAUGUAGUGUGACCAUUGUUAAAGAUACUGGUUGUAAAUUCGUUUGAUCAUUUGAUGCAUCAGCGGUAGCAUUGUGCAGGUAUAAGAUUGCGGUACAUUUGAAAUUUUAGGUUUUUUAGGCAGACAUUCCAUAAAUUCUUGGUAGUAUUUAUGCAAGGCACUGGAAAAACAUUUUUUGUAAUAAAGUGUAUAGUGUUAAAAUGUACUGUUUGAACUGUGCAAAAAAGAUUUUAAUAAAAUGUUUCAAAAUUUUUUUUAGUGAUUUUGAUGUUUUCGGUUGUCAAAUAGUAUGUCCUAUCAUAAUUAGAAAAUUCUGAAUGUUAUUUUAUGUGGUGGACAGUUGGUUGUUCUAGUUUUGAGCACCAAGACACAAAGUAAUACGCUUUUAGUCAAGCUGUAUUAUCAGAAUGGGGAAUGUGCUAGUUCAGCGUUACAAUCCUAUCGCCAUAGGAAGGGGAUUCGAACGGGUCAAGGUCCGUUGACAAAUGCAGCUGUGGCGAGAAUGAUUUCGAAGUUUGAAGCCACGGGUUGUUUAGACGAUAGACCCCAUAGUGGCUGACCGAGCACAAGGUGUAAUGCUGCUGAGACAGUUCAGGAAGAAAUGGAGACUGUAGCGGGUUCGCCUAUGCACGGGGAAGUCAGAGCUCGUGCAGUCGCACAUCACACCGGCAUUCCAUACACCACUGAGGUGUACCUUCCGAUGCUAUUCGUACAAAAUCCAUCGGCAUCAUGAAAUGUUACCUGGCGAUUUAGUGAAGUGGAGAGCAUUUGCUGUGCGGGCAUUUCAAAAGAUGGGGGAAGAUGAUGAUUGGUUGAGUAACGUGUUGUGGACCAACGAAGCUCGUUUCACGCUCCAAGGGUCUGUCAGCGCCCACAACUGCAGAAUUUGGGCUACCAAAAAUCCUAAAACUGUCAUGGAAAGUCCAUUGCACGACGAGAAAGUCACGGUAUGAGUUGGAUUUACCACAUCUACUGUUAUAGGGCCUUUUUUCUUCGAGGAAAUGCGUGAUUCUGGUUUUGUAACUGCUACUGUGACGGGUGAGAGGUACGCCGAUAUGUUACAGAAUCGCAUCGUCCGGAGCCUGGCUGAUAAACACCUGCUGGAAUGUACGAUGUUUAUGCAGGAUGGCGCUCCACCCCAUAUUGCUAGACACAUGAAAGAUCUCUUGCACGUGUCGUUUGGUGGUGAUCGUGUGCUCAGCCGCCACUUUCGUCAUGCUUGGCCUCCCAUGUCCCCAGACCUCAGUCAGUGCGAUUAUUGGCUUUGGGGUUAUCUGAAGUCGCAAGUGUAUUGUGAUCGACCAACAUCUAUAGGGAUACUGAAAGACAACAUCCGACGCCAAUGCCUCACCAUAACUCCGGACAUGCUUUACAGUGCUAUUCACAACAUUUUCCUCGACUACAGCUAUUGUUGAGGAAUGAUGGUGGACAUAUUGGGCAUUUCCUGUAAAGAACAUCAUCUUUGCUUUGUCUUAUUUUGUUAUGCUAAUUAUUGCUAUUCUGAUCAGAUGAAGUGCCAUCUGUCGGAAAUUUUUCGAACUUUUGUAUUUUUUUGGUUCUAAUAAAACCCCAUGUCAUUCCAAG